AUGGCCAAACCUUUCUUCCGACUCCAGAAGUUUCUCCGCCGAACACAGUUCCUGCUCUUCUUCCUCACAGCUGCUUACUUGAUGACCGGCAGCCUGCUUUUGCUACAGCGGGCCCGAGUGGCCCUUCCCCAGGGCCCCCGGGCAUCUAGCUCCCUGCAGACCUUACCUGUGGCUGCCGUGGCCCUGGGCAUGGGCCUGCUGGACAGCAGAGCCCUUCGUGACCCCCAGGUCAGCCCCGAUCUACUGCUCGGUGUGGACAUGCUACGGAGCCCCCAGACCGGAGCCCGGCCUGGACCUCGCUGGCUGCGGAGCCGCAACUCGGAGCUGCGCCAGCUGCGGCGGCGCUGGUUCCAUCACUUCAUGGGUGACCCCCAGGGACCACCUGCUCUGGGCCCCGAAGCCCCCAGGCCAGCUGCUCACAGCCGAGGCACUCCCAUCGGCUGCUUCAGUGAUGCUGGCCAGGAGAGAACUCUGAAGGGGGCUGUGUUUUAUGACUUAAGGAAGAUGACCAUCUCCCACUGUCAGGAUGCCUGCGCUGAGCGGUCCUACAUCUAUGCCGGUUUGGAGGCAGGAGCAGAGUGUUACUGUGGGAACCGGCUCCCACCAAUGAGCGUCGGGCUGGAGGAGUGUAACCAGGAAUGCAAGGGGGAGAAGGGCUCAGUGUGCGGAGGCGUCGACCGGCUCUCUGUGUACCGUGUGCCAGAGCUGCAGCCAGGUUCCAGGAAGAGGAGGAGUGUCAUGUACCGGGGAUGCUUCCAAAUGCCAGAGAAUGUCUCAUAUGCCUUCCCUGACUCCCUGACACAGACCAACAUGACUGUGGACACGUGUGCAGGCUUCUGUUCCCAGAAAGAGUUCCCCUUGGCCAUCCUCAGGGGCUGGGAGUGCUACUGUGCUUACCCCACACCCCAGUUCAACCUGCGGGAUGCAGUGGAUGGUUCACUGUGCAGCCAGGAGGCCCAGACACAGAGGCUGGGGGGUUACUGCGAGGUCUACCAGACACCUGUGCAAGACACUCGGUGCACAGAUCGCAAGUUCCUGCCCACUAAGUCCAAAGUGUUUGUGGCUUUGUCAAGCUUCCCGGGAGCUGGGAACACGUGGGCGCGGCACCUCAUUGAGCACGCUACUGGCUUCUAUACAGGCAGCUAUUACUUUGAUGGAACCCUUUACAACAAAGGCUUCAAGGGUGAAAAGGACCACUGGCGGAGCCGGCGCACCAUCUGCGUGAAGACCCAUGAGAGUGGCCGCAGGGAGAUCGAGAUGUUCGAUUCAGCCAUCCUGCUCAUCCGGAAUCCCUACAGGUCCCUGGUGGCUGAAUUCAAUAGGAAAUGUGCCGGGCACCUGGGCUAUGCAGCUGACCGCAACUGGAAGAGCAAAGAGUGGCCAGACUUUGUCAACAGCUACGCAUCGUGGUGGUCCUCGCACGUGCUGGACUGGCUCCAGUACGGGAAGCGGCUGUUGGUGGUGCACUAUGAGGAGCUACGCCGCAGCUUGGUGCCCACGCUGAGGGACAUGGUGGCUUUCCUCAACGUGUCCGUCAGUGAGGAGCGGCUGCUCUGUGUGGAGAACAAUAAGGAAGGCAGCUUCCGACGGCGUGGCCGGCGCCCCCACGACCCCGAGCUCUUCACGCCAGAGAUGAAGGACCUCAUCAACGGCUACAUCCGAACUGUGGACAAAGCCCUGCGGGACCACAACUGGACCGGGCUGCCCAGAGAGUAUGUGCCCAGAUGA